GGACGUACGACAGGAGCACCGCCGGGAACAAAACGCCGUUCGACAAGAAGCUCUAUAGCUAGGCGGGCCGUGUUAUCUAAGGAUUUUCCAUAUUCUGCAUUCAGUACGUCGACGUCGGCUAUUGAAGUGACAGCUUGCAUACGAUGUCAAUGUGUUCAGCGCCUCCGUCGAGGCCAUUGAACCUAUCACCAAUCAUGAUCGACUCACUAACCCGAGCAGCGACCCCAAGUGAAGCCUCCCCAACAAAGAGAUCACCCACAACACCCCAACUCCUACACAAACUGCAUCAUCCAGGCUCCGUUCUCUCCCUCGCUGUUUCCGAGAAGCACAUCUUCGCCGGAACGCAAAACCACACUAUUCACGUCUGGGACUCCCACACCUUCGAAUCCGUUGCUGUCCUCACGGGUCACGAAGGAUCGGUGCUUUGUCUUCACCUAAGUCAUUGUGGACGCUGGCUCAUCUCCUCUGCCGGAGAUUCCAUGGUACACGUCUGGGAUGUGCGGACGCUCAGGCGCGUUUGUAUCAUUUGGUCUUCAUACGAUGUUGGGGAUAUGUUCUCGGUUGUUUACGCACCGGAGACCGGACAUAUCUAUCUUGGGGCGCAGAACACGAGUAUUCAGUGGUUUGAUCUGGAUUCGGUGUAUUCGCCGCGGACGGAGACGCCGAUACCGAUUGCUGAUGAGAGUGAUUUGGCGACUAACAAACACGCGAGGAGGGGAACGCACAAGUUCUUUGAUUCGAGGGGUCCGGGUGGGGUGUUGUCGAGGCGGCCGAGUGAGCCGAGUCCGAGUACGGCAGCUACGCCGCAUCAUCAAAUUCCUCCAGAUCAGAUCAUUCAGUAUGCGCAUUAUGGAUAUAUCUAUUCAUUUAUCCUUGGGCCUGGACGAUCGGGGGGAGCUGCGACGCUUUUCUCGGGUGGUGGUGAUGGGGAGAUUAAGUUGUGGAGAUUGGACAGACUACACCCGGAACCUGCACCGUUCAAAACUUUGAGCGCUGAACGUGAUGAUGUGGGGGGAGUUCUGAGCUUGUCGUUGCAGGACACGAUUCUUUAUGCUGGUAUGUCGAACGGUGAUAUCCGUAUUUGGGAUCUCGAUACCGCGCAGCUCCUCCGACAUAUCCGAAGCGCACAUAGCGGUACUGAUGUCCUUUGCACCACGGUUCUGGACAAUACGGCUGUUUACACAGCAGGAGCGGACGGACGUGUCCAGAGAUGGGGACGAGAGGGCCCGAGUGAGGGUUGGGAAGCUCACCGGAAAGAGGAUGGGAGCGAAGGACUCGUACUCGCCGCAGCUGUCGUGAAAGGCGGAAAUCAACAGUCAGCCAGAGACUUGCUCGUAACUGGUGGUAAUGAUGAGUGGCUCAAGAUUUGGGAUGUUCGGGAAACUGAGGAGGACUUUAUUGAUGGUUCUGGUGAGCAGGGUGAGGGCGAAGAAGAUGAUGCGGUGUUGUUCAAAGCAUUAGCGAAGUUGGUAAGCUUAAGAACGAUUUCAGGAAGUUCGGGGCAUGUGGAGGAAUGUCGUCGUGGAGCGACAUUCUUGAAGAAUCUUUUGCGGAGAUUGGGUGCGGAAGCGACGUUGAUACCGUGUUCGGGUAACCCUGUCGUUUUGGGACGGUUCAAGGCGAACUCGACACCUGUGACUGAGGAGAAGAGGAAGAAUGUUCUUUUCUAUGGACAUUACGAUGUCAUUGGUGCUUGCGAGAAUGGAAAGGACAGCAGCAAUUGGCACAGUGAUCCAUAUGAACUCACUGGACAAGAUGGAUAUCUCUAUGGACGUGGUGUGUCCGAUAACAAGGGACCGGUACUGGCCGCGAUCUUCGCUGCUAGCGAGCUCAUGGCCGAGAAGAACCUCUCAGUCGACGUGACCUUUGUUAUUGAGGGAGAAGAAGAGUCUGGCUCGAAAGGCUUCGCGGAGGCGAUCAGGUCAAAGAAGGACGUCAUUGGCGACGUUGACCUGAUCAUCCUCAGUAAUUCCUACUGGCUUGACGAUAGCGUUCCUUGUUUGACGUAUGGUCUUCGUGGAGUUAUUCAUGCAACCGUGAAAGUAUCUGGUCAUCGUCCCGAUGCGCACUCUGGUGUUGAGGGUGGUGCUGUUCGUGAGCCACUCAUUGAUCUCAUCAAUCUCUCGUCAAAGCUUACCGAUGAUGCGGGCAAGAUUUGCCUGCCGCGCUUUUACGACGCUGUUAGGCCGGUAACAUCCUCCGAGGAGAAGUUCUAUGAGGCUAUCAUCGACAAGCUGAAGCCUGAUUCGUCACACCACGACCUUCUAGACAUGGAUGCACUCAUGGCAAGAUGGCGAUUCCCUUCUUUGACGAUCCAUCAUGUGAACGUCUCCGGUCCAGGUAACGAGACGGUCAUUCCCAAAUCUGCAUCUGCCGCCGUCUCGAUACGUAUUGUGCCCGAUCAAUCAUUGGAGGAGAUUACGGCCGACUUCGAGGCUUAUUUGAGAGCAAAGUUUGCGGAGAUGGGAUCCAAGAACGUGUUGAAUGUCACUAUCGAUCAUCAAGCGGAUUGGUGGCUUGGAGACACUGACAAUACGGCAUAUAAGGUACUUGAAGGCGCAAUCCGGGAAGAAUGGAAUAUGGUGGAUGAGCAUCCAUUGUAUAUCCGUGAGGGAGGAUCUAUUCCAGUCGUGAGAUGGUUGGAGAGGGAGUUUGGAGCAGCAGCAACGCACUUCCCUUGCGGUCAGCGUAGUGAUAGUGCACAUCUUAACGAUGAGCGGAUACGUUUGGUGAACCUGAUCAAGGGCAAGAGGAUCUUAAAACGGACGUUUCAGAACUUGGCAUAGUGCAUUAGGAUAAAAUGUUACCAUCUCUUCUUGCCAUGCAUAUGCGGCAUGCCAUGUAUCCCUUUCUUAUCCAGUGAAUAUA